UGUCCAAGAGUUUAGACUGACAGAUCAGCAAUUAAAUAUAUGUUUGACAUGCUGAUUGGCGAGGACCCCAAAGCCUGUGAUUUGUUCUGGUCGUCUGAUGAACUUGUGGCCGAUAGCUAUGUGUUUUAGACGUGUCCUUCACCAAUGUGUUUGCCCCCUUCCGAAACGACCGGGCAGCCGGCUGUCUGCUUACCUAAACAGUCGCCAUGCGGCUACUGGUCAUUUUGUGGAUGACCAACCCGGCUUCUCGCCGAAGAGGGCAGUGCUUCUAACAAAAAUGACCCGUUACGAGUACGAAAAGAAAGUUUGCGGCGCAAAGACAGACAACGAGUUAAAAAAAUAUUUGGACAGCAAACGGUCAGAUUUCCAAGGGCUCUUAGAACGGCAUCGUUCACAUCACAACUGUGUGGAAAAUAUCAAGAAAUGUCUGUUGUCUCAAGAUAUUGAAACGAAAGUUGUGGAAAGAUUUCAUGCUAGUCCCGAGGUGCUGGAGUGGGCAGAUGUGGUGUUUACUGCGGGUGGGGACGGAACGUUCCUGCUGGGUGCUAGUAAAGUGAACAGCCGUGACAAACCAGUGAUUGGGAUCAAUACUGACCCUGACAAGUCAGAGGGACACUUGUGUUUACCCAAGGGAGACUACUCUGCGAUGAAGUUCACAGCAGCUCUGGACAGAUUGUUGAAAGGGGAUUUCAGGUGGCGCUGGCGUCAACGAAUCCGGAUAACAGUAUCCGGUCAGCACGCCAACGAUGAUCCGAUUGAGCUUCAUGACCAACAGUUACAGUUCCCGGAACAUCGGUUUUCCGAGGAAGUGAAAGAGUUGGAGACAUUCCAGCCUCGCCGGGAUUACCUGACAGUUCAACCACCACGUGUGUUACCUGUUAGAGCGCUGAAUGAGGUGUUUAUUGGAGAGUCUCUCUCCUCCAGGGUAUCGUACUACGAGUUGACUGUUGACGAGGGGAGUGGUCAGAAGCAGAAGAGCUCCGGCAUUACCGUGUGUACGGGGACAGGAUCUACAUCCUGGUCCUUCCACAUCAACCACCUGUCUAUGGAGGCCGUCCGUCAGCUGCUCGAUAUAGUUCGAGAUACAUCUAAGGAGGCGUUGCCAAUGAUCAAUGACACGACCCUGGAGGAAGUCGUAACGCGUUUUAACAACUCGCUCAUGUAUGACCCUAGCGACUUGAAGAUGGCGUUCACAAUUCGGGACCCCCUGAUCAAUGGUGUAUUCCAAGUGUCCACCCCCAGAGGGUUUGCCAAGAAAAUUCAGGUUCGAUCACGUAUGUGGGAUGCCUGUUUAGUGGUUGAUGGGGGAUCUUCGUUCAAGUUUAACGAUGGUGCCAUAGCUACAAUGGAAAUGCUUGAGGAAGAUGCACUUAGAACUGUAACUUUCGACUGAGAAGAGUUCAUAAGCUGUUGUGUGCCAUAUUUAAUCAGACUUGUGUGUGGGAAGACUGGAACUCGGAUAUGAGGGUGGCAAGGGAUGAUCCAGUGAGACUUUUACCUUGCCAAGAGUAGGUCAUGUUUUUUCUAGUCUCAUAUAAUUUUGGACUGUCUCACAUUACCUGGUGUCAAGCAGAUGCUCUGGCAGAGAAACUGUUAGAAUGUUCGAAGUAAAAUUACAUGCAGAGUGAUGGUGUCAUUAAAUUCUGAUUAGCUUAUUGCCACACGAUUGGUUAACUAUUGUCUUUUCUACUGUAUCAAA